UGAGUUUCCUUUUAAAUUUGUUUAAUAUUUAAUUAAACUUCUAAAUUAAGUCAUACACUCGCUCUAUGGCUUACGUUCAGUUCAACAUGAUGACUAAACCCGAAUAAUUUAUCCUUACUUUAUAAAUCACAUGAACGUCUGAGUCAUGCCUGAUAGUCUUGGAGCCAUGAAAUGAAUCCCUCUCUGUCACGCCUCCUCAACAAAGCUCAAUCUCUCAAAGCCUUAAAAUUUGUUCACGCCCGUCUCUUGGUCCAUGGCUCUUUUGCCUUAUCCCACCUUGUUCUAAACAAGCUCCUCAGGCUCUAUGCCCGAUUUGGUUCUAUCCAAUAUGCUCACAAGUUGUUCGAUCAAAUUCCUCAACCAAAUGCGUUUCUUUGGACUGCUUUGAUUCAUGGGUAUGUUGAGAAUCGGAACUACCUGGAAGCUUUGUCUUUGUUUUCAAAGAUGCGGGAAGACUCUGUUUUGCCUUUGAAGUUUACCUUGGCAUCGGUUCUCAAGAGUUUAGCCAGGUUGGUGAGGGUUAAAGAUGGGGAAGCGGUUUAUGGGUUGGGGUUAAAAUGUGGGUUCUGUUUCGAUUUGAUAAUGCAAAAUGCGGUGAUUGAUUUGUUCAUGAGAUGUGGGGAAGUUGAUUUGGCAACAAGGGUAUUCGAUGAAAUGGAGGAAAAAGAUUUGGUUUCUUGGAAUUCGAUGAUUUCGGGGUAUGGAAAUAAUGGUAGAGUGAAUCUUGCCCGGAAGUUAUUCGACGAAAUGCUUGAAAGAAAUGUGAUUUCUUGGACGAGCAUGAUUCAAGGAUAUUUCAAAGCUGGGGAGAAAGAAGAGGCUAAAUUGCUUUUUGAUAGAAUGACUACCAAAGAUUUAGCUUCAUGGAAUGUCAUGGUUUCUGGAUAUAUGGAUGUUGGUGAUGUUCAUUCUGCCCAGUCUGUUUUUGAAGCAAUGCCGGUUCGAGAUGCCGGGACUUGGAAUUUGAUGAUUUCCGGGUUUUGUAAAGCGGGGAAGAUGGAAGUUGCGAAAGAAUUUUUCGACAAAAUGCCCAGUAAAAACUUUGCAUCAUGGACCAUUAUGGUAGACGGAUAUGUCAAGGCAGGAGAUGUUAGUAAUGGUAGAUGGUUGUUUGAUCAAAUGCCUGAGAAGAAUCUGAUCUCGUGGUCCACCAUGAUAGGAGGAUAUGCUCGGAACGCGCAACCUUGCAAUGCUUUGGAAUUGUAUAAACAAUACAAAAACCAAGGUAUUGAACCAGAUGAAACAUUUGUGCUCGGAAUCAUUUCAGCUUGCUCGCAGUUAGGAAUUCUAGAUGCAGCUGAAUCGAUUAUUAGUGACUUCUCUGGACCACCACUUUUUUCGAGUUUACGAAUUGUCACUAGUUUAAUCGACAUGUAUGCAAAAUGCGGAAAUAUUGCCAAGGCUUCACAAGUUUUUAAGAUGGCUUAUCAUAAAGAUUUGCUUUGUUGUAGUGUGAUGAUCACCGCCUUUGCAAAUCAUGGCAUGGCUCAAGACGCCAUUUCUUUGUUAGAGGAGAUGCAAAGGACAAACAUAAAACCAGACGGAGUCGCAUUUCUUGGAGUUUUGACAGCUUGUAACCAUGGUGGACUUGUUAUUGAGGGCAGGAAAUACUUCAAACAAAUGCAGGAAGAACACGGAAUUCAGCCCUCCGAAAAACACUAUGCAUGUAUGAUUGAUCUACUUGGUCGAGCCGGGUGCCUUGAAGAGGCAUAUAACCUUAUAAGAAACAUGCCGAUUUCACCUAGCGCAGUCGUUUGGGGAGCUUUGCUUGCUGCUUGCCGGGUCCAUUGCAACGUCAAGUUAGCUGAAAUUGCUGCGGAUGAGUUGUUUAAGAUUGAGCCGAAUAAUUCGGGCAACUAUAUUCUCUUAUCCAACAUUUAUGCUGAUUCCAAAAGGUGGGAUGGCGUUUCUAGGAUUAGAGAAAUUAUUAGGAAGAAAGAAGUCAGGAAAAAUAGAGCUUCUAGUUGGAUUGAAUUGGGAUCUGUUGUUCAUGAAUUUGUCACUGCAGAUGCUUUGCAUUUUGAUUCUGAAAGAAUAUACUUCACCUUAUGUUUGAUCAGUGAGGAAAUGAAACUUUUGGGAUCUGUAAGAGAUUUAGAGAAAGAAGGAUUAAUAGUGUAAACCAGAUAUUUUUGCUCAUAACUUAUUGGAGAUCAACAUGAAUCAUUGUCGCUUAAGCUCAAGUUGAACUUGGUUGAAACUAGGACUAUUUGUAGCAACAAUUUAUCUCAUUGUUACAGGUGCAGGUGUUUUCUAAAACAAUAAAUGAUUGGUUAUGAAA